AAGAAGAGGGAGGCUAUUUGAGUAAGAGCGAUUGAGUCUGUGUAUGGUCUUGUGACACACUCUGACGUUCUGUAUUGUAAUUUGAUAUCCGUGGCUCAUACAAAUAAACUUACAUAAAAGUACAUUGCACUGGCAUAUUCCUGAAAAGAAACGCUUAUACGACCAGUAGUGUGGUGCGAAAAUGGGUGGAAGUGCGAGCAAGCAGUCGCCAGAAGUGUCCAAUGCUGUGAAUGCACUGGGAUUAGCGACCGUAAAGUGCAUUCAGUCAGCCCUGGGGGUGGACGAGGAUAAAUAUUAUCAUGUGGAGCUGAAGGAUCUCAAGAAUAUAUAUCCGCAGUGGUCAGAUGACAUGCUCGAGACAGUUCGAAAUGGAGUUCGUGGUAUACCCGACACUCCAAAUACGAUACCCAUGCACUGCUGGAUAGUAACCCUUCAUAGACUUGCUAGCGGGUCCGCCAGUCACAGGCAAAGUGCUUAUUUCCGGCUGGCGUGUGGGGACGAGAAGACGUUGACUCGUGAGAAACUAGUCAAUUUCUUGACUAGUGUGUGCAAGUCAGCGUUUGCUGUGGAUAAAGACCUAAAAGGGAAACUUGACGCCGACGAGAAUAUUGACCAGAAUUUUGUCUUUUCAUUGAUGACGGGAUUGGCUAUGCCAAUAGAAGUUGAUGCCUUCACCACUUGGAUGAGGCGUGAUCCAGUGGUGUCUAAUCUUCUCGAAUUUGGCGUCCGUUACUAUAUGCUGCAAAGAACCUGUGGAGUUUACUUCGAGAAUAAUGUGCUCUCGCCCCGGGUCAUUAGGCCUACACCAUUACAGCUUAAGGGAUUCGGUCAAAGCCGGUCAAAACUUAUGACACGCGAAGGUAUUUGGUACAUCAAUGCGCAUCUACCGAAGGAUAUGACAAGUGAAUGGGAACUUUUAUACGAUUCAGAAAGUAUGGGCAAAGCCUUUGCGCAAUUUAUGGCACACUCCUUUGAUGUGAGCCCCAUCGUAUUCAUUAUCAAAGACAAGGACGGAUACGUGUUCGGCGGUUUCGUAUCGGAACCUCUCAAACUCAACGCCAGCUGGUAUGGGAAUUCGGACUGUUUCCUAUUCUCACUUGCACCGAGUAUGGCGGUUUAUCACACAACGAGCUACAACAAAAAUUACGUAUACUUGAACAAGGCUCAAAAGACAUUACCAAAUGGAUUCAGCGAAGCUAUGGCUUUUAUGGAGAUGGCCGGCAAAACGUUUGUCACCAAAGAAAUGGGAAUUGACGAUAAUAAAAAGCCGCCACAGGACGAUGCGUGACCAGCCUACUAUAAAUAACACAUUUUGAUGUAUCGCAUUCCCCUGCCCUUCACUGACAUAGAGAUCCACAGGCAGAAAAAUUAUACUGGAACUUCUAGGUCAAAAUUCGUUCGGUACACAGAUAUAUAUAUAAAGAUUGGUGUACAACUUGUAAUUGUC